UUGUUCUGGAGACGCUAACGAACCAUUUUUAUAACGUCUUUUUCCUAGUGCUUGGCGUUGCCAGCAUUGGUCCUGUUACUAUGGCGACAGACAUUUUAAAACGGUUUGAACAAUGGGGAUUGAGUUGCACAGUAGGCUUCUGUUGCAGUCGGUUUGGAUGCUGGGGAGUAAUGCAAGUAAGGUAAGGGCUCAUUUCAACAUCUAUAAAGUGCUUACCAGAAAUAAAUCUCGAACACCAUUGCCUGCAUUGUUGCCCAAAUGACUUGCCUGAAUUUCUUGCAGUACAAGGAAUCUGAACUCACAUGGACCUGGACAUUAAACGGACUAGAAGAUCUAUGCACAAGUGUAAACUUAAUGGCAUUCAAGACACGCAGCAGGACAGUGACAAACCAAUUCCUGAUAAGUUGGGCACCUGUCAGCCAGAAGCCAUCAGCAGUGAAAUGCAAUCGAACGACAAAGAGGUGCUUUUUAGUCGGUGGAAGAAAGGACAAGAAGUCCCUUCUAAAUCCCAGCAUGCUGCAGCGGAUACGCUUGAAAACAGGUUCUUGAAAGUGCGACAGAGUUCACUGCAAAAUACAAAUGGAAAUGUCAAUCAAGAUUUUAAUGAGCAGACAAUGGAAUCCCUACAAAGAAUUCUAGCAGGAGCAGAUUUGUUGAAAAAAGAAGAGGCUACGAUGAGUAUCCCUGGGUCAAAAUAUGAUUUCCAGAUGGAUCAUAACUCUAAAGCCUUACAUCUGCCCUUCGGUUACUUUAUUAGAUCUAAUUCAACAAGAUCUGUUGAAUGUUCCUCAAACCCACCCAAAGUCAUUUUGAAGGAAAUAUCAAAGGGCCGAGAAAAAAGCAGAGCCGACAAGAAGAGCAAACAUCUCGACUUCUUUGAGGUUGUAAAGGAGCAACUGCAACAGAAGGACUUGGAGAAUCAACAUCUUGUCCAUUUGUUGUUGGUCAAGCAACAAGAACUGAAGGAUAUUAAAGAGAUGUCAAAGCAAAAGGAGAAGGAAACCCAACUUAUUACUGAGAAGCUGAAGUGUGAGGAACAGAAAAACACCGAAAUCACCACCAGGUUUGAGCAAACCUCUGAAGAUUUGAAGAAGGAACUCGCUGAAGCCAAAAUUAACAACAAAACUACUAUGAAACAGCUUAAAGCACUGCUGGAGAAAUACGAGCGCCUCAAAACACGUGCUAACGCCAUGAAGGACCAACUCAACGUGGAACUCAAUGAGAAAAAGAGCUGUCAAAAAUCAUUCAAGAAGCUUCAGCAGAUGUUUCAAGAGCUGCUAACCAAGCAGAAACGUCUGGAGGAGCAAAGAGAUGCAGCAGGACGAGAUCUCGCUUUGUGUAGAGAGACGCUGCGGAUGAUGGACGCCGAACACAAGAAGAACAUCAGCAUUAAUCGGAGACUCGAGGAGGAGGCAUCAGCCAUGAAAAGUGAAUCUGCAAACCUCAGAGAACAUUUAUGUAAAGCUCAGGAGAAGAACAAGGAGCACAUGCAGGCGGCUCGUUCCAAAGAGUCUGACAAUAAGAAGAAUGUCAAGGAAUUUCAGGACACGAUUGAAAAACUGAACGCCGAGUUGGAAAAGUGCCGAACAGAAAGAGACAAAGCACUUCAACAGGUGGAGACCAUGAAAUAUGAAUCGAAACUGAUUCGCAACAAGCAGAGAGUGGAGAUACUUCAGCUGCAGGAGCAGCAGAAAGCCUGUCUGCAGCAGUCCGAUGGUUUGAGAAGAGAGUGUGAGACUUUGAUGGAGAUGGUCAGUAAACUCAAGAAAGACAAGCAAGUCUUGACAGAGAGGCUGGAGAGCAUUCAUAAAGAAAAGAUGGUGUCGGAGACGGCAAGCACAAAGGAGGGAGAACGACUCCAAGAGGCCAUUCGUUUGCUGGAGCGAGAGAGAGAGGUGCUGUUAGCGGAGAUGGAAGACUUGCGUAAAGAUUACCUCGGCCUCAGUGACAGAAUCACACAGAAAAUGGGCCACAUGGAUGCAGCUGAUCCUCCCAUGACCAUCACUGACAUCACCACAAACCAUCAAAGAAACACUCAGAAGCUCUCAGCCACCAAUGAUGGAAUGAUUCCUGAUGAUGUGAUUCAGGACAUAAGAAGAAAACUAGAAGAGGAGAACCAGCAAAAGUGAACUGCUGUUGGUUUUCUACCACCACAGCUAUUGUAAAAAAUAUAACAUUUCUGCAUCAAGUUCUUUGAAAUGCAAAUUACAGCCGGUUUAGAUAAACAUCACAUGCUGUAUACAAAAUUUAUUAUAUUUUGAAAACAUGACAAAACAAGAAUGUUUGUUCUUACAGUAUUCUACAAGGUCAAAGUGCUUUGAAGCGGUUUACAUGUACGAUUACUAUUCAGACAGCUACAUAUGAAACGUACGAAAGUAUUUACAAAAAAGCCAAAAUGUGGGAUUCUGGUUUUUUUUUUGUGCUAAUCCCAAAACAAAAGUUGACAUGGCAUGAAAAAAAAA